AUGGUAAAUGAUCACCAACGUUUAUGGGUUGAUAUUGAUUUUACGCUACGACGAGUCUUUGGAAAGACUUCUUUUCGUCCCUUGCAACGAGAGGUCAUCUCAGCAGUAAUCGACGGUCAUGAUGUCUUUUUACAAGCUGCUACGUCCUUUGGGAAGAGUCUUUGCUUUCAAUUACCCGCUGUUGUCAGCCAUGGUGUGACUCUAGUUGUAUCACCGCUCCUUUCACUUAUGGUCGACCAAGUUGCCGCACUCGAAGCCUACGGAAUCCCCGUCGCAACGAUCAAUGGCACAACACCAUUAUCCGAAAGGAAAUUGAUAAUCGAGGAUAUUUUAUCCGGACAUCCCAAAAUCCGCCUGCUCUAUGUGACGCCCGAAUUCUGCUGCACCGAAACGUUUCGACGGAAUCUGAAGAGGAUACAUGCUCAAGGAGAACUCAAUCGUGUGGCAAUUGAUGAGGCCCAUUGUAUCAGUGAAUGGGGUCAUGAUUUUCGACCGGCAUAUAAAGAACUGUCUUGGUUCAGAGAGACAUUCAAGGACCCCUUGGUCCCUAUAACGGCGCUCACGGCAACGGCUACGCCCAAAGUGCGCAAUGAUAUUGUGAGGUUACUUGGUCUUGACAAAGAUUCUAUGAAGUGGUUUCAUACGCCUUCUGCGCGUCCAAACAUUCAUUACGAAGUCAAAUAUGUGGAAGAGCUCAAUGAUGAUAUCACAUCGCCGGACGAAGAGCGACUAAAUGAUUUACUCUCAUGGCUAGUCACUGUACAAAAGCGUCGUGAGAGUCGAAUGAAUCGGGGCGAGAAUGGUGACACCAAUGAUGCAAGGCUUAAACUUCCUCCAAUAUCGGGAAUCGUCUAUGUACCCUUCCGCUUGCUUGCAGAUGAAGUUGCACGUCUACUCAAUAAAUCUGGCAAAAAUAUCCGCGCAAUUGCUUACCAUGCUGGCCUGCCGGCUGGUGACCGCAAGAGAAUUCAGAAGAUGUGGGCGUCCAAGGAUCCGCCUCCGCCCGAACAAACUGGUCCUUGUCCGUCCUUCUCGAUCGUCGUGGCUACAAACGCAUUUGGCAUGGGUAUUGACAACCCUCACGUCCGCUUUGUGAUUCACUGGGCACCUCCACGAAGUUUUGAAGGAUUAGUCCAGGAAUCUGGUCGUGCAGGAAGAGACGGCCGUGCAGCGGUCUCGAUUAUAUAUUAUAAUCGCACCGAACGUGAUCGAGUCUCUGAACGAGUCAAAAAUGACGGCCAAAAUGGACGAACCAGCCAUCGGUUCGCGCCUCAAACAGCGAACUCAAAAAAGCGCUCUCAGGAGGCUCGCAUGGAGAGCUUCAACAAAGUCAUAGCUUUUUGUGAGUCGACAGAUAGGUGCAGACACGAAAUCAUCAGGGAAUUCUCAGGCGAUCUCGAGUUGGAGACUAUGAUGUCAAGUCAGACUACAAGAUCGAACCCAACAUCAACGUCUCCGUGCGACUUCGCCUGUGAUGUGUGCAAAUACGGCACCGUAGAGAUUACGCGAAAAAAGACCGAGAUGCUGAAAGCCUCUGCACAACUAGAAGCUAUGGGCACACAUCAGAACUCUGAAUUGCAUACUUUUAUGUACUACUGGAUGACUUAUUUUGUUCGGCAUUGA